GAGGGAUUCUGGGAGUUGAAGUCCACAAGUCUUAAAGUUGCCACGGUUGGAGACCCCUGCCCUGCAGGACAAGAGUUACACUAAUAUUGAAGAAAUAGUAGAAGAGAAUUAUUAGAGAAAGGAUGCAAAAGGAGGGGACAGAAUGAAAUGGGAAUGGCAAAAAUUAAAAUAUUUAUUUAUUUAUUUUAAAUAAUGAAAUAGAAUUGUUAAAUUGUCCCACAGCAAGUUGGCUGUGGCAAGUUGUCUUGCCACGAGUUGGCCGUGGUGAGUUAUCCCAUUCCGAGUGAGAAUGGUUCAUGUGGGAUCAACCACAACCACAACCCAGCAAGGGAGGUCAGACUGGGGGGAAAAGUUGGCGGGCUCUUAACCCAGGGAGCCCUGCUAGCGAGUGACAAUCUGAAGCCAGCUAUUGAUAGCAUUAAUGUUCAUUCUGUUGCAACCACAAGUGAAAGCUGAUUUUCUGUUAGUAAACAAAGUGGCGGCCCAAGUGUGUUGUGUUCAAUUUUACAACCUUUUUUUGCCACAAUUGUUCAGCAAAAUUACAGGUAGUCCUCGACUUACAACCACAAUUGAGCCCACAAUUCCCAUCGCUAAACAAGACAGUCGUUACGAAAUUGAUCUUGGGGGAGAUGAGAAGCAUGAGGACGCAUGUGUCUCCCCUUGCCUCGGGGAAGCAGGAUCCCAAUGCUGGAUGUUUUCCUCUGCAUCUGAAGGAAGAAAUGGCAGGUUGGAAGUGAAUUAGAUUCAUCUAGGGAAAAAGAUCAUGUCUUUGGAGCGGGAGGUGGAGAUUUCAACCUCGGGGUUUCAGAGAGUCAUCGUUGACCCAGACGUGAAGCCAGAAAUCAAGGUGGAAAAGCAGGACCUGGAAUCUGAGAGACAUGCCCACUUGGCUGGGUAUACCGAGGCCAUAUCGGGAGGAUUGUGCUCCUCACGUCAGCACAUUAAACAGGAGUCUGGAGGCCACAGUCCGGAGCCACAACAGUGGGAAGCACAAAGAUGCGACUUUCUCGACACUUCCCUAACUCUUCCUCUGGCCCAGGGGCUGCCGGAGGCGAUGCUGCAGCAUGGCCCCAAGGUUUCCCCAUCCAUUUUGGAAGGAGCAGGGCUCAUGUCUGACUGGGCUAAAACAGAGAAGGUCCCCAAAAUUACACCGGACAGCAGAGACUUCAGGAUCCCAAAUGGAGGAAGCGAGGAGCAAACCGAAGGCCCUGAAGCUGGCAAUUCCGAAUGCCAGCGCCAGCACUUCCGGCAGUUCAGUUACAGGGAGGCCAAGGGCCCGUGGGAGGCUUACUGCCAACUCCGGAAACUUUGCCACCGGUGGCUGAUGCCCGAGAGGCACACCAAGGAGGAGAUGCUGGAGCUGGUGAUCCUAGAGCAGUUCCUGGCCAUCCUGCCCCUGGAGAUGCUGAGCUGGAUCCAGGAACGGGAUUCCGAGAGCUGCUUCCAUGCGGUAGCCUUGGCAGAAUGCUUCCUCCUAAGGCAGUGUGAGAAGCCAGAUCAGCAGAUCACAGGGAUGAAGCAAGAGGGGGGAGUGAAUUUCCCCGAAGCAAAAGAAACUUCUCUGGAUGUUACCCUCAGGCAGCUGAACAGGGAGUUGGUCAAGCAAGAGGAGGAUGGGAAUGCUAGCAGGACAGCUGACGAAGGGCAAAGAGGCCACCAGGAGAUGAUGGCAGGGAGAGAAAACAGCCAGGACUUAAAAGAACCUGUCUCGAAUCCGAACAAGCCAACCGAAGAACAUCCAGAAGACCCGGAGACCGAUCCUGUUGCACUGCAGAGGAGAGACCUCUACGCAACCAUCCUCAGGCAGCCGAUCCCCAAAGGGAAGCAACCGAGUGACAAACUGUUCCAUAGCCUCAACAAGCAUCUCCAGGCCCACACCGGCAAGGAGCUGUUUGAAUGCUCCGAUUGCGGGAAGGCCUUUCUUUCCAGGGCUGCCUUCAUUGUGCACAUCCGAGUCCACGGCCGGGAGAAACCCUACGAAUGCUCGGAGUGUGGGAAACACUUCCGCCGCAGCUCGCACCUCAACAACCACAGCAAAAUCCACGCCGGGGUGAAACCCUUCCAGUGCUCGGAUUGCGGGAAGGCUUUCUGCCGUAGUUCCAGCUUGGUUUCCCAUCAGCACAUGCACACGGGGGAGAAGCCCUACCAUUGCGCCUUCUGCAGCAAGCAGUUCUGCGACAAGUACAGCCUGGUGCGCCACGAACGGCUCCACACUGGCGACAAACCCUACAAGUGCCCGGAGUGUGGGAAGAGUUUCAACCAAAGCCACCAUCUCAUCACUCACAAGAGGAGCCACACGGGUGAAAAGCCCUACGUGUGUUUGCUGUGCAGUAAAAGCUUCUGCGAUCGGUCCACGUACAUCCGGCACCAGAAGAACCACAUGGGGGAGAAAAUGUUCAAGUGUUCCGAGUGUGGUGAAAGCUUCAGCCGGAACAAGCACCUUCUCCGGCACCAGAGAAUCCAUACAACCGGGGAGCUGUAUACCUGCUCCGAUUGCGGUGAGAACUUUUCCCGUCGGUCGGGCUUGAAAAUGCACCAGAAAAUCCACACGGGGGAGAAACCCUACGAAUGCGGGGACUGCGGGAAGAAAUUUAACCGAAGCACCAACCUGAUCAGCCAUCAGAGGGUCCACACGGGGGAAAGACCGUAUGGUUGCCCCGACUGCGAGAAGAGAUUUAGUCGGAAGACGCAUCUUGUUAGCCACCAGAGAAUCCACGGGCAGAAGAAGGACAUGCCGGAAGGGCUGGCCACAGCGGGUUUGCAUCCCCCUGCAGCAAUUUACGUGCCCACGCUGUUCAUCACAACCCUGUGAGACCAAUCAUUUAAUUCUGAAGGAAGACCUUUACCAAUUUACCCUCUUGGUAGGAACAGAGUGUCGAAGUUACCACAGAAUGUCAGAAAGAGGAAUACGGAGGAAAUGUGCUGUAAAAUACAUUUUGCUUGUGUUGAGG